AUGGCGGGAAGCAACGGCACUCGUCUCGCAUUAGGCAUCCUCCUCUGCUGCGCCCUCGCCUCCACGGUCAUCAUCACAAGGCCAUGCACCUACACCCUGUCAAGAACCAUCCUCGCCGCUACCGGCCUCAAUCCUCUCCUCAUCUACUGCGCCAAAGACGGCUCCGAGGCCCGGCUGUCCCAAGGCGACGACGCCAACGAGCCCGGCGGUGGCGGCAGGCCCAUAGUCACCGACGUACUGUCGUGCGGGGACUCCAAGCUCCCACCACACGCGCUCCCACCCUUCCAGUGCUGCCCGCAGACGCCGGCAUCUGACACUCGUGUCACCAACUUCACGUUCCCAGACCCGGCCGAGCCGCUCCGUAGGAGGCGGCCCGCGCACGACGCCAGCGCGGCCGAGGACAUGGCCAAGUACGAGCGCGCGGUGGCGCUGAUGAAGGCGCUGCCGGAGUCGGACCCGCGCAGCUUCUACCAGCAGUCCAGGAUCCACUGCGCCUACUGCACCGGCGCGUACCGGCAGGCGGGGUCGCCGGAGCUGCCCGUGCAGAUCCACUUCUCGUGGCUCUUCUUCCCCUUCCACCGCGCCUACGUCUACUUCUUCGAGCGCGUGGCGGCGAAGCUCCUCGGCGACCCCGGGUUCACCGUGCCGUUCUGGAGCUGGGACGUGCCGGAGGGGAUGCGGAUACCCCCGGCGUUCGCCGACGAGGCGUCCCCGCUCUAUGACCCGAUUCGGAACCCGAGGCACGCGCCACCGAGGGUUGUCGAUCUUGAUUACUCGCACGCGGACAAGAAUUACACCGAUGAGCAGCACAUCCAGCUCAACCUCCGUACCAUGUACAAACAGAUGAUCACCAACGCGCCGCUGCCGUCCCUCUUCCACGGGCAGCCCUACCGCGCCGGCGACCGGCAGAGGCCCGGCGUGGGCACGGUGGAGCAGCGCCCGCACAACACCUUGCACGUAUGGACGGGCGACAUCUCGCAACCCAACCACGAAAACAUGGGCACCUACUACUCUGCUGCCCGCGACCCCAUCUUCUACCUGCACCACCCAAACUCCGAUCGCCUGUGGAUGGUCUGGCUCGAGCUCGACCUCGACCUCGACGACGACUCCGACCGGCCGCGCCACUCGGACUUCACGGACCCGGACUGGCUCGACUCGUCGUUCCUGUUCUACGACGAGGACGCCCGGCUCGUGCGAGUUACCGUCCGUGACAUGCUCGACAUGGGGAGGCUGAGGUACACGUACGCGGAGGUCGACAUGCCGUGGCUCAAGGCGCGGCCGCUUGUCACCCCUCGCGGAACAGGCCCCCCGCACCGGCUGAAGUCUGUGUCCGUCCGCUUCCCGGUUUGGCUCGACGCGGCGGUGACUGCACAGGUGAGGCGGACGGGAAAGCCACGAAGCCAGCAGGAGGAAGAGGUGCUGGUAGUCGAGGGCAUCGAGGCUUACAGCGCGGACUUCGUCAAGUUCGACGUGUACAUGAACGCAGUGGAUCACGAGAAGGUCGGGCCGGGCGGGCGGGAGGUGGCUGGAAGCUUCGUGUCCCUGAAGCACCCCGGCGGCGGCGGCGAGUUGGCUGUACAGACCAGCAUGAGGGUGGCGCUGAACGAACUCCUGCAGGACCUGGGCGCAGAGGGAGACGACAGCGUGACGGUGACGCUGGUGCCUGUGGAGGGGAGGGUCAGGAUCGGAGGCCUGAAGAUAGUGUACAUGACAGAGUGA